AUGCCAGUUCGAAUCGCUGAGUGGCUACGGCAUGCGCCACAACAACAUACUCGCGUCGGUCUCUUCAGUUUGCAGCGUGCGGCCUUUUCGUUCUGCAGCGCGACUCUCCUCGCUCAUACUCGCCCAGCUGACGAGAUCCCUACGCCGCAAACAUCACAAAGUUCUCACGAGCUUGAUGAGGACCAAUUGAAAGCCGAAAAACGUAGGAAGCGUGCAGAAUACCAGAGACGCUGGGUGCAGAAGAAAAAGGAGGAUCCGGUCUGGCUGGAACAAUUCAGAAAACGCAACAAUGAAAGCUUUCAUCGUUAUCUCAAUAAGAUCUCGGAAGACGAGACUCAGAAGCACAAACACUUGGACAAAAUGAAUGAGCGAACGCGAAUCUGGCUUCAGAAAAUUCGUGACAACGAUGUAUUGAGGCAGCAGUACACGGCCACCCAGCGAAUUAGCGACGCACAAAGCUAUGCUGCCAGCUACGAUAGAAGAAGACGUUAUGCUAUCAGAGAAGCCAAUGGGGUAAUCGGAGAUUAUGACUUGUCCGACAUAGUGCCAAUACAAGGCGCAGAACGCUUCUACAAGGGCAUAUACCUCCAACCGCAAUCCAGGGGAGUCGAAAAUGUUGGUCAGCAGACAGAAACACAAGAAGCAGGCGUCUCAAAACACGACGAUGUUGAAGUACAUAGACGGGGGCACCCCAAAGUCGAGGAAGAGCGGAGUAUUGACCGUGAGCCCAAGCAGCCAUGA